AUGCCUUCGAGCGCUAGACAAGUAUGGCUCGCGCUGCUGUCCUUCACUUUGAUUGUGCUUUCUCUAGGCUACACAUACGUUAUUUUGAUCAUGCCAGAAUCAAAAUUACCGUCGAUUGCCACAGAACGGACUAUCAGUGCCAAUGAAACAGAACGUUGGAUUUUCGUGGGUGACGUACAUGGGAUGUACGAUGAGUUCAAGGAGCUGAUGUCGCUGGUGGAUGCCGAAAGGCCCGGCACAAAUGUGGUUCUCCUGGGAGACUUCAUAGCGAAAGGCCCGCAAUCGCACAAGAUGGUCCAGUACCUGGAAAAAAACUCCGAAAACACCCAUUGCAUAUUGGGGAACCACGAGAUAAAUGUGAUGUUCGCGUAUUUGAACAAGCGGGACCUGAAAAAACGUUUGUCCCGCAAAAAUUCCAAAUGGGAUCCCGUAGUAUUCGAUACCGAAGACUACAUCCCGCCGCACGAUCAGGUCAAUAACAAGCACAAGCUGCUAGCGCAGCAAUUAGGAAGCGCGAAGCUUGCGUCCCUGGCCUCAAUGUGCUCUGCAGAGCUUCGGAUCCAUCUGGAACCUUCCCAUGAGACCCUCAUCUCCGUCCACGCAGGACUGGCGCCCGACUUUGAAAACAAGCAGCCAAGUAUCCGCGACAUCACCACAAUGAAAUACAUGCUGCCCAAGGACCACUCGAAAACUUCCAAAUACAAGUUUGGUAAGUCACGUCGCUGGUACAAGCUCUGGACCGCAGAAAGUGCGCCGGAAAACGUGACGGUGCUUUAUGGCCAUGACGCCAGUAAGGGCCUCAAUCUUCGAAAACACACCAAGGGCUUGGACUCUGGAUGUGUCGCGGGUGGAAAACUGAGCGCGCUCGAGUAUUUUUACCAGAACGGCAGAUACCAUAAUCAUUUGCAUCAUGUAAAAUGCAGACAGUACAUAUAG